AUGCGUCGAGCAGCAGUCCAAGCGUUCCGCACUGCUCGACGGACUCCUCUCCGGAAAGUCGUCACUACCAGAGCUUUCCCCAGGCCUCCAGUGAACCAUAUCGUCGGCCUACGCCCAGUCACUACCCUUAUCAGAAGAGAUGCUCCGACCCAGAUCAUAAGGUCAUCCAUGUACUUUCGUACAUUCUCAGUCGCUGCUCUGGUAUCUGUGCUGGCUUCCGGCGUUUACUACUACCAGCGGGAUCCAGAAACUAGGGCGUUGGUCAAUGGGACAAGCGUCAUAACCUCUGGCUCAGGCCGUUCAGCACCUCAGUAUUCAACACUAGCCUCUGCCUCAGGCUCUCUCCCUACCCAAACCCAGUCAAUAUCAAACGGUCUCGUUGCAGAGCCAGGAGCCGAGUCUAAGAGAAGGGCACUGCUCGUUCAAGACAACGAAUUCUACGUAGACGAACUAGCUCACGACGCUCCUUUAACCAAGCAAGCUGAAGACGAAGGUCACAACCGGAUGGAGAAGAUAACGCCGGAACAGGCAACGCAAAAGCUUCGCAAGAACGAGGAGUCAUAUCUGGUCGGCAGGGGAAGAGGCGUUGUCCGCUACGAUGUGGUCCAGAUACCAAGUAACAACCCUAUCGAGGAUGACCACGCCGAGAAGAUUGUUGAAGUGCCCCAGUCAGUUACUCCUCCACCUGCCGGGUCGGCCAGCAGCGACUGGAUGUUCUGGGGCGUCUUUGACGGUCACGCUGGUUGGACCACAUCCGCAAAACUUCGACAAGUCCUCAUCUCCUACGUUGCGCGUGAACUCAAUAACACUUACAUAUCCGCCUUCACCGACCCCUCUUUGACCGUUCCCACCCCGCAGUCCAUAGACACAGCAAUCAAACGUGGCUUUCUCGCACUAGAUCACGAGAUAGUCCACGCUUCCGUGAGUAAGAUUACCACCAACACAAAGCAAAAAGCCGCAGCAGCAGAGAUCCUUGCACCAGCACUUUCUGGCGCUUGUGCUCUCCUCUCAUUCUACGAUAGUUCUUCAAAGCUCUUUCGAGUGGCUUGUACAGGCGAUUCACGUGCAGUGCUAGGCCGCAAAAACCCAGCAACUGGAAAGUGGACUGCUACUCCACUCAGUGAAGACCAGACGGGAGGCACUCCCUCUGAGAUGACUCGACUGCGCGCUGAGCAUCCUGGCGAGGAGAAUGUCGUACAUAGGGGAAGGAUACUAGGCGGCUUAGAACCCAGUCGGGCGUUUGGCGAUGCGGGCUAUAAAUGGAGCAGGGAAGUCCAAAACCGGAUGAAGAAGUUUUUCUUUGGAAAGACUCCGUCGCCGCUAUUGAAAACCCCGCCGUAUGUUACCGCUGAGCCUAUCAUCACGACCACGAAGGUAGAUCCUGGGCAGGGAGACUUCGUUGUUCUGGCUACGGAUGGGUUGUGGGAAAUGCUCACGAAUGAGGAAGUUGUUGGAUUGGUUGGGCAGUGGCUCGAAAAUCAAUCGUCGAGCAGUGGAAGUAAUGCCACGUCAUGGACAAAGUCAUUCUUCAGCAGCCAAAGCACGAAGUUGCCAGUUGAGAAGCCUGUCUCAGCGCCCACGGAGGGUGGUGAAGGCCAACGGGCUCCUCUGCGGCAGACGCAAUGGGAUGUGAAGACUACUGAUGAGAGGUUCGUGGUCGAGGAUAAAAACGUGGCGACGCAUUUGGUUAGGAAUGCGUUGGGUGGUAGAGAUAGGGAUAUGGUUUGUGGGCUGUUGACGCUUGUGAGUCCGUAUGCAAGGCGAUACAGGGACGAUCUCACAGUCGAAGUCAUUUUCUUCGGCGAAGCUGACAAGAGCGGAGAUGUGGUACUCAACGCUGAAGCCAGCGCGCCCAGCUUAGGUGCGAAGGCAAAGUUAUGA